CUCUCUCUUCUACUCCUUUCUCAGUUACCCAAACCUCUCUUCUCCAUCGUCGGAUCUCUCGUCUCUCAAUAAAAACAAUCCCACCAAUCCCUUCUCUUCUCUCUCUUUCAUCUCGCGCCAAAUACAAACUCUCUAACUAACCCUCCCCUUUCCCUCUCUCUCUCUCUCCAGGGAUUUCGGUUAGAUGGCGGAUAACCCAACAAGUCCGGCAGGAGGGAGCCACGAGAGCGGUGGUGAGCAGAGCCCGCACUCUGGAGUGAGGGAACAGGAUAGGUACCUGCCUAUUGCCAAUAUAAGCAGGAUCAUGAAGAAGGCCUUGCCGGCAAAUGGGAAAAUUGCUAAAGAUGCUAAGGAUACGGUCCAGGAAUGCGUCUCUGAGUUUAUCAGUUUUAUUACCAGCGAGGCGAGUGAUAAGUGUCAGAAGGAGAAGAGGAAGACAAUCAAUGGGGACGAUUUGUUGUGGGCAAUGGCAACAUUAGGCUUUGAGGACUAUAUUGAACCGCUUAAGGUGUACCUAGCUAGGUACAGGGAGGUAAUUGAUCUUUGACAUUUGAAUACUUCUUUGCUGUUUAUGCUUGAUCAUGUUUUCUAGUUUUAUUUUUUGGUUGGAAAUCUGACAAUUAUCCCUUUUUCGUUUUUUUUUUUUGGAUGAUUGCAAUGGCACAGAUGGAGGUAAUUGAACGUCUUCACUUUAAUUGUAAAAUUUUUUCGUAGAUUAUGUUAUGUCAAUGUGUGGAGUUACAUUGUCAGCAAACUUUGGCAGGGUGACACUAAGGGAUCUGCUAGGGGUGGAGAUGGAUCAGCUAAAAGGGAUGCAAUUGGAGGUCUGCCUGGUCAAAACCCACAGUUUGCUAUCCAGGGGUCAAUGAACUACAUUAGUUCCCAGUGAUCUAGAUUUUCUGAUGAACCCUGGCCUUUGCAUAUUUUAUCCUACUCGGCUUCCAGUUUGAAUGGCCUAUUAAUGUUGCUUUUGGGGUUUAAGUACUUCUACAAGACAGACUAUUUUAAUGGGACAGAAAAGUUGAUGUCAUUUACUGGGUGCCUGAUGUUUGUUUUGUUAUAUUUGAAGAUGGUCCAAAAGUGGUCUGAAUUAUCUGAUGUUAGUCCCACUUUUUAUCUUGAUAAUCAUGUGGUAGCAACUUUCCUUUGAAGACCAAAUAUGUUGCAGUGAACAAUCUUAGGGACUCAAAUAAAAAGGCUAUGGUGGACAUCCUAUUUGCUUGACUUUA